AUGCGGUCUCGGCAGGCCACAACGCGACCUCAUGUGAGUCCGAAGCGGCGUACGUCGGGCGUCUCUUCAACUCAGGCGACGAAGCCUCUGUCGUCGCCUGUCGAAGAGAGUGAAUCUGUCUCGAGUUCGGAGAGCAGCAAUCUCCGAAAGCCACCUUUUGUUUCUACGAAAGGCGGCAAGCUGUCUUUGGAAGCUGCCAGCGUCACAGAACCGGGAGAAGCUGGGCCUAAUGGAGAAGCCGAUCGGGAAAAGUCUUCCUCUGUACUGACAGCUGAAGUCGCAGCUCCAGGAGGGGAGAAAGGGGAGAAAACGAAGGACCAGCUGAGUGUGGGGGCGCACGAUGAGGGCGGCUCGAACGAAAAGAUUCAGAGAGACGGAGGCAAAGCGGAACAAGCAGCAGAUCGCCGGACGGAGAGAGAAUCAAAGCCUCUGUCGUUCUGUGAGAGUUUGACGUCGAGGCUGCGAGAGAAGGCAGAAAGGGUGCUAGAAAAGGCAAACGCAAAGUGGUUGGAACAAGAAGAACAUUUUGAAGAUCUAGUCAAAUCCCGAAGUCUGGCGGCGCGGGAGGAACUGAAAGUGAGAGAGACGACGCUGAAAGCACUGCAGGGCGCUUUGAACGAUAAACUCGAAGAACAGAUGCGAUGGAGGAAGAAACAACUCCAGCGGAUCCGUGCCUAUCAGGAGCGGCUCAGAGAAGACGCAAUGCGUGCGGGGUCCGGAGAGAAGGGACUCGAGGACCAGUCACCGGAGACAUCUGCUGAUUCCUCCGGAGGAGUAAAGAAAAAGGACAAGGCAGGGGCAUCUCGGGAGGCGCGAACGACUCUCCAGGCCCUGUCUUCUUCCGCUGCAGCCUCGCAAAGCACAAAAGGGGUUUAUCGCCCCGCGAAAACGCCCACGCAUGCAGCCGGAAACGCCUCGUCUUCCUACGGAGGCGCCGCUCCCGGCGCGUCGGGCUCUGGCGCCUGCGCCUCUCCACUGAGCGGGAAAGGAGGAAGAUCGGCGCUGCCAAAGGGGCGCCGAGCAGGCGAAGAAGAGAAGACUUCCGCGGCUUCGUCAUCGACUUCUGAAGAGGCGGAGAGGCCAGCAGACGAAGAGCGCCAGUGCCUGGCUGAUGCGACGGCUGCACAGCUCUUCUUCCUGGACGACGGAGAAGAAGAACCGGGACCGGAGGGCGAGAACGGAGACCAAGAAACGCCCAGGAAGAAGGGGAAAGACGGAGAAGAGGAAGAACGAGGAGGCGGACGAGGACAAGCUUGCGCCACUGCCUCCCGGGGCGAAAGGAAGAAGAAAGAGGACUUCUGGACAAAAGAGGUCGUCGACGCAAACUUGAAGAACGCGCAGCAACUCCUUCAGGAGAUGCGACUGGUGGUCACACAGCUGGCUGCAGAUUUGGAAGCGAUCGAGGCAAGCUCGGCACAGAAGGGUGGGAGUGAAGGAAGAGAACGGAAGAACGCAGCGGACGCGCACAUUCGGACUCUGUGCGGAGCCCUCCGGGAUGUUGCUUUCCACACACGAGGCGACAUUGAGCGAAUCGUAGAUGAGAAAUGCAAAAUCGAAAAUCUCAAACUUCUCCAUCACCAGCGGGCGCAGACGCAAAUCAUUCAGCGCCUCGUCGUAGCGAUUGACGCCUGGACGGAGCAACACGCAACAGCCUACAAAAAAUGCGAAGAAGAGUUGAAAAUACACAAUCACCACAACGCAAUUCGCGAAGCGGUGCUAACGCUCCGCAAAGGGGACGACUUCACGUCACCUCCAGAGAAGCAAGCACUGGAAAGGCAGAUGCAAGAAAAGGAACAGUCGCUCUCGGUCAAGCGACACGACGUGAUCCACGAAGCUCUGGAGUGUCUCCCCGCCUCCAUGACGCCUGAGAAGGUGAACCGCUGGAUGGGGCGCCUCGGACGGAUUCGCGAGGUCGGCGAGGCCUGGAUGCGAAAUCUUGUCGGCGACUUUAUCGAUCUGAAGGAGAUUCAGAGGCGGAGAAGUGAAGCGUUGAUUCACACAUGCUCAGACAGGGUUGAGCACUUCAACGCCCGCAUCCUCUGGGGAGCGUGCGAUACAGCCCGGGCGGUUGCAGCGCAGCUUCUCCGGCCUCUUCAAGAGCAACACUUGGAAGAGUUGCAGAUGGACUUGGACGUCCUCGCAUCGCGAAUGGAAGAGAGACAACGAGCAGAGCAUCAUGUGUGUCUCCGCCUCCUGGUGUUUCUCUCUCAAGUUGGGUCUUUUCUCGCCGCCUUCCGCGAAUCUCAUCACCUCCUAAACAGCAGCCAGCGGCGCCUCGCCAUGGAUGCCUCCAAGGCGUUUGUCGACGCAAAUCGCCAGCAAGCAGCCGGCAUUCUCGCGCUCCGAGAAGAGAUGAAGACAGCGGCAACUCUCGGCGAGUUGGAUGCGCUAAAGAAGAAGGCGGAGGAGGCACUGAGGGGUCUCGACGGCCUGGUUCGCGCGGGGGUGAAGCGCAUCGGCACUCUGGGGCAAAGUUUUCUCCCGCAAACUCACGAAAGACGGCGAAGUGAGCUGGCCAAGUUUCUACACCUGUGGAACCUGGCCCCGCUCUCUGAAGAGCAGCAGAAGAAGUAUUCGGCUCUCGUCGAGGAGCGAGGGAGGACGGAGACAAACGGAAGUGACGGGCCUUCGGGAUCGCGUCUCACAGACGCGCGAGACGCCGACGGACCUUCGUUACCGCCCCCCAGAGCCUUGGCCGAGGAAAAACGAAGGCAAGAAUCCGGAGACACGGAACCUUCUUCCCAUGGCAGGCGGGCACGCGAGAGAGAGGAGACGCACCCUGAGGAUGCGUCGCUCUCUCGCGGGCCUUCGUCUCCUACAGCUCGGGCAAGUCCAGCGCGAAUGCGGAGCCACGCGAACUCAGGGGCGAGUAAAAACCUCAAAGGGGGCGAGAAACGAAACGAGAAUGGCAGCGGAAGAAAGCCAAACAGCUCUAGCGCGCAUGCGGGAAGCAGUGAUCGGAGACCAGGAACCGGAGGCUCGAGUAAAGAGGGAGAGACGGCGACUGGCAGCAAGGGCAGUUCGCACGGAGGCUCGAAGGGCGACCGAGAAGAUGUCAGAAAAAAAGACAAGAACGGAAAGCGCGACGUGUGCGACGACGAGAUCGAUCUCGAUAAAGACAUAUGGUGGACAGAUUCGCGGGGUCAAACGUAUCGCCAGCUGAAGACCUUCGAGGCGAUGCUCGGUGCCCUCGUUCUCCCUUCUUCUGGAGACGCAUGCGCCCUCCCUGUGUCGCCUCCUGCAGCUCCUGCCCGGGACCUCCCGAACGACAAGAAAAAGAUGAGUUCUUCCCCUUCGUCGGCUUCGCUCCUUCUUCCUCGCUCUCUCACAGCCUUGUCUGCUUCUCAUCGAAGUGUCUCCAACGGUCGCGCCGCUUCGGCAAGCAGAAAUGCUCCCCUCACCGAAGACGGGGCUUCCGGCAGUCCCGGGUCGGCUACCCAGGAAGAGGCGGAAGGAAGAGAUGAAGAAACCGGCAACCCAGUUGAAAUUCUCCUCAGAGAAUCUUGGAAAGACGGGCUGACGCGGUUGAGGGCUGCCUCCUUCGAUUUCGUCGCCCGCGCACUUGAUGAACUGGAAACAACUGCAACUGCACUCGGCGAGGCAGCGUAUUCGACGGCUCUGGGCGAAAUGAAGCGCGUGUUGACGGAAUUUGAUUCGACUUCUGCCACUGUCGCCUCCUUCUCGUUUGUCUACAAACACCGCCAGCAGCAGCUGGCGGCUCACGUCGCCCGCCUCGAACGCUUCCUUCAAGGCGUGGCGAGUGCUGUGGGGCGUCAGCAACAUCUCCUCGCCCAAACUGAGGAGGAGCUGGAGCUUCUGUUGCAAGACAUGGGUGCGGAACAGACGCAGUUUCAGCAGCUGCGGCUGGAAUCGCUCCUGACCCACGUGGGAGGUUCUGCGACGGCAGUUGCGUCUUCUCCUUCGCCUGUUUCUCCGUCUAAACCUCUCUCGUCUUCUGUUUCGGCGCGGCGCGCCAGCAGCAGCCCCGGGACCCGCAACGGCAGACUGCUGUUCUCGUCUCUCUCUGCGCGAGGGAAGGAAGGAAAGGGAGACAUCGAGGCCUCCCCCACUGCUCUUGCUUCUGGAGGGGACUUGGAAGCCGGCGACGGCGGGUCAGGUGAUCCGCCCGGGGCCUCGGACGAUGGACUGCCCGACGGCAGGAUCGGCGGGUGUUUGAUCCAGCAGUUAGAGCGCAGGAGGAAACAGUUCGUUCAGGAGCAAGACCAGCUGAGGAAAACCGCAGAGGCGAAAAUACAGUUUAUUGAGCAGUCUGUGAUCGCGAGCCUUCAAAAAGUCCAUACGAAGAUCCAGAAUUUCUUUAGCUCGACCCCCCCUUCGAUUUCGGAGAAAGAAAUACAAGAGGCAAAUUCAAAGCGAGGCGAGUGGACAGAGGAAAUUGAAAAGCGAAGAGACGACUGGCAAGCGCGAGUCGCGUCGUGGAAAGAGAGACUGGAGUCUACAGCCGCGGAGGGACGAAAACAAAUGGAAGAGCAUUUUGCUGGCCUCGAAGACCGAAUUUCUCGACUUUAUGAAACCGUGGAAGCUGUAGCUCGCACGUCGAUGCUCGAGUGUCUUCUGGGAUCUGUAACAAGCUUGCCAGUUUCGUACGCGGCAGCAGUGGAGGAAAUCGAGAAGGAAUUCCGCUGUAAGGCAGCCACGGCAGUGGUGUGUGCGUCUUCUACUGGAGGCGGCGCCUCAUCUGUGGGAAGAGGAAACGGAAGAAACGACGGUUUGCCGACAGCAACAGGGGGAGGGGUUCCUGCAGGUAAAGACAUUGAGUCCCCUGUAUACGUCGAUCACUUCGCUCAGUAUCUACGAACCCAGGCAGAAGCAAAUCGCCAGAAGCUCGUAGCAGUCAUUCGGUUUUUCUGCCGCAUUGUGCGAGAAGAACUCUUCCCCACCGCAGUCUGCGGCAUUUUCCUGGACCUCGGUCGAGCCCUGCAAGACCAACUCGAGGAGUUGUGCUCGGCGGAAGAGAACCGAUGUGAACAAGUGACGGCGCUGGUGUCCAAAGUCUGUAAAGAAGCUGCUUCGCAGUUGAAUGCCUCAUCCGCGUUCAUCACUAACGGAUGCAUCGGCCAUUUCGAGUUCCUCGUUACAGUACUUGAUAGACUCCCACAAUUGGCGGACUUCCUUCCUCUUGACGGCUGGGUGCGCGGAAAGGAGCUUUUCAUCGUCAACUUGAGACUGAAAUUCUCGUCAUAUCGCAGUCUCAACGGCGUAUUUCUCGAGAGCGACGGUUCCAAUUACUUCACCAAACAAUGGAGAGGCCUGCCCAUUCAGCCGUGGAGCCUAGAUGCUACUUACGGGGGCAUUGCAGCUGAGGCUAAUGCGACCGAAAAGUGGAGUGCACCGGUCCUGCCGUUGCUCUAUCCUCCAAAAUCAGCAACCCCAGUCGACAACACACCUCUGUCAGCUUCCUCUGUAAAUGCAAGAGAAAAAGCAGUCACUCAACAGGCACAUCGCCACCAGCCAGUUGGAAAACCAGCCGCCGGGGGCGCUACGGCUGUUCGAACUGACCCGCUGGACGACCAAAAUGGAUCGGAAAUCCUUUUCUCUAAGACAAUCAACUCUUUCUCGUCUCCGGUUCACAAACAGCUCUUCCGCGUGCGCAAUGCGGCGUUUUUGACGGCUCUCGAGGAGGUGCGCAGAGCGAGCACCGAAACUCGAGAGCAGCUGGCGUCGAUUUACCGCGAAGUCACACAGAAUCGAAGACUUUGGACCCGCAAGGUUGAACAGCUAGAACAGAUCAGACAGGAGGUUUUGCAAUAA